AUAUGGACCAUUUCUUAAGAUUCAUUAAUCCCCAUGUCUUUUUGGGAUGUGUACAAUUCUUACAAUUACAAACAUCUAAAGAAAACGAAGCUCUUCUCAAUACAAGACUUUUUGAGAAAUUAAAAUAAAUAGGUGUACCAUAAGAUAAAAUUGAUUAAAUCAUCCAACAAGAUAAUCUUUAAGGAAAACUUACAUCAGUUACAGAAUUACUUAAACUUAGAUAAAGAGCACUUAUAGAAUAUGUCUAAGAAAAUUUAUGGACUGUUGAAGAAGCCUAUUAAGCAUUAAUAAUAUUAUUUGAUUAAGGAGAAUAUGAAAGAGCUACAGAAAUUGUAGAUAUUCUCUAUCCAUGUAUUGAAGUUACUGAAAAAUUAAGUCAUUUAAAAAAUGGAUUUUUAUGGGCUAGAUUAGUAAAUAUUAUAUUUAUCUAUUCAGAAUUGCAAAUUAAUUGCACUUUUUAAGAAUACUAAUUAUGCUACAUAAUGUAUUGAAACUAUUAAAGAAUUAAUUAAAUAGGAGGAUAAAUUAAAAUAAAAUUUUAAAUAAAGAGCUGAUCUCUUACAUGCAGGAAUUUUAGUUUGUUUUAUUUCUGAUGAUACUAAUGCUUUCCUAGAACUUUUCUCUAGUGAACAUUUCUUAGAAGUUGUUCAUACUAUUGCACCUUAUUUAUUAUAUUAUUAUACUAUUGCAUUAUUAAUCAAUUAAUAAUUUAUUGGUAAUAUGAGUCUUGCCAUCAUUGGAAAUAAUGCAAAUAAAUCUAUUAAAUCAUUCCAUUUACUUAAUUAUAUUGAAGAAAUCAUUGUUAGAUUUCAAUUCGAUAAUGCUAUUAAAAUGAUCAAUCAUAUUUCAUAAGAAAUUGAUUAAGAUUUUAUUGUCAAAUCUAAAAAAGAAUUUAUUAUUAAUGCUUGUAAACUCUAUUUCUUUUCAACUUAUAUCAAAAUCUUUAAUGGAGUCUAAAUUAAGUAUAUUUCCACCCUCAUUUUAUUAGACAAUUUUCAUCCUAUUUAUAACUCAAUGAAGAAAACACUGAAUCAUGGUUAGUUAAUGCAAUUAGAACUUUAAAUAUCAAUGCAAAAAUUGAUGGAGAUAAAAUUAUUGUACAAAAAUAAGAUACAAAUGCACAAAAUACAUAAGUAAUAAUUUAUAUAUAUAAAUAUAUUAGUUAUUAAAAUAAUUAAGAGAUUUACAACCAAAAUCUAAUAUGUUAAUGUCAAACCUUUAAAGAAUUAUUGUUAAUAAAUGA